GGUUGAUUUUAUUACUUUUAUGUAGGGGACAGUGGUGACGAGAUGUAAUUCGUGAAGGUACUUUACAAGGGAGGCAUACAAAAAUUGUUGUUAGGGGGUUAAAAUUGGGGAUAAUUUUAUUUAUUGUUUCUGAAUUAAUAUUUUUUGUAUCUUUUUUUUGAACAUUUUUUCAUUCUUCUCUUUCUCCAAAUAUUGAAAUUGGGAGAGAGUGGCCCCCUCAAAAUAUUGAACAGUUUAAUCCUUAUCAAUUACCAUUAUUUAAUACUGUAAUUUUAUUAUCUUCUGGAGUUACAAUUACAUGAAGACAUUAUUCAAUUUUAAAUAAAAAUUGAGGGAGAGCCAAAUUUAGAUUAUUGAUAACAAUUUAUUUAGGAAUGUUAUUUACUUGUAUUCAAAUGUUUGAGUAUAGGGAGGCAACAUUUAUAUUUAGGGACUCAAUUUUUGGAUCAAUUUUUUUUUUAACAACUGGGUUUCAUGGAAUUCAUGUAGUUGUUGGUUCAAUUUUUUUAUUAGUAACUUGAUUACGGUUAAGAAAAUUUCAUUUUAGGUCCUUUCAUCAUUUUGGGUUUGAAGGAGCUUCAUGGUAUUGACAUUUCGUUGAUGUUAUUUGAAUUAUUGUUUACUCAAUAGUAUACUGAUGACAUUAUUAAAACUAUUAUUAAAAAUAUUAUAUAAAAUUUAUUAUAAUUUAAUAAUAGUUUUAAUUUUUUAGUUAUAUAAAUAUAUUUAAUUAUUUUUAUAAAUUUAAUUUUAAUUUUUUUGGGAGUAUUAAUUUUAUGUAUUAAUAUAAUUUUGUCAAAAAAGAGGUUUAAACUUCGGGGGAAGGUCUCAACUUUUGAGUGUGGGUUUGACUCAUUAUCACUAAUUCGGGUCCCCUUUUCUAUUCAGUUUUAUUUAAUUAGAAUUAUUUUUUUAGUUUUUGAUGUAGAGAUUACUUUAAUUUUGCCAGUGGUUAAGUUAUUUAAGUUUAAAGAAUUGAAUUUUAAAUUUAUUUUUUAUUUCAUUUUAGUUAUUUUGUUGGUAGGGGUUUAUUAUGAAUUAAAAGAAGGGUCUUUAAGGUGAGUUUAAGG